AUUCGAACAGGCAUAUGAUAUUUUUGCAUAUGAUGUUUUUGCACGGCUAAUAACUCAAUUGAUUUAACAUCUCAGAAUCCUGAAAAGUAAAUCAUUUGUUUUUUUGUUAGUCAAAUAUUUCUUUUAUUGUUUUCUUUUUUUAUAGUGACUUUUUGGUCUUACCUUUUUUGAGGUUUUAGGAUUUGAUUCCUUUCUAUUGAUUUUUUAUUUUCUUUCUGAGAAUGACAUGUUUUUUAUAUUCCUUUUAGAAAGGUACAUGACAAUUGUGAAGAGUCUAAGACGAAACCAAAAAUAAAUCACAAUCAAUGGCCCAUAAUAUGAACAUGAUUAUGAUAUUUUCUUUUUUGUACACUUAAACAUUAGACAUUAUUUGUCUUCCUUCUAGAUAUACUUUUUCAUCAAAUUAUUGUAAUUGACUUAAUUAUAUUUAAUGUUGUUGUCUCUCUUUUUCAAACUUCAAGACUUUGUGGUUUUCAAAGUCCCAUUCUUCAUGUCUUGUUAGAGUUACCAAAUUGCUAGAUGGCCGUGUUACUUAGAAAAUUCCAUGGUUCUUGUUUGGUAGUGAUUGAGAAUUAUGUAACUUUGACAAGUAUAAGGAUACGUUUCACACAUUAAUUUGUUAAGUUUUCAAUUUCAGCUUGAGAACAUUGACUCCAACAUAAAAUCAUUCAUGUUAUAUAAUCCAAUAGCUUCACAAUACAGCAUUACAGAUUGAACCAGAUUGAGCCAGUGACCAUUCAAAUCUUCUCUUCAGCAUUGUUUUGUUGAACCGACACCGAUUAAGUCACACCUUCGACCGGAUGGACGAGGUGGUCCACGAGUUUCGAGUCGGUCUCUCUAGUUGAGCUUGAAGGUCACUGUUGAUGUCUCCAAUGGAUUCUCCAACUCAUAAAGAUACCGAAAGAAACCAGAUAUCGCCUUUAGACGAUGAAGCAUCACCAAAUGCAUACAAAGUUGCAAUUCCUCCAAAACAGAACUUGUUCAAAGAAUUUCAAUACACAGUUAAAGAGACAUUCUUUGCUGAUGAUCCUCUAAGAUCCUUCAAAGACCAAACAAAGUCAAAAAAGUUUAUCCUUUGUAUUGAGGCCAUUUUUCCAAUAAUUAAUUGGGGGAGAGGCUAUAAUCUUAAGAAGUUUAGAGGAGAUAUAAUUGCUGGUCUCACUAUUGCAAGUCUUUGCAUACCUCAGGAUAUUGGAUACUCGAAGCUUGCGCAUUUGGCUCCGCAGUAUGGACUGUACUCGAGCUUUGUUCCGCCCCUGAUUUAUGCAUUCAUGGGGAGUUCUCGCGAUAUAGCAAUAGGACCGGUGGCUGUGGUUUCUCUCUUGAUGGGGACUUUACUUAGUAACGAGAUUGAUCCGGUUACUCAUAAAGAAGAAUAUCAAAGACUUGCUUUUACAGCCACAUUUUUUGCUGGGAUUACACAAGCAACUCUUGGGAUUUUCAGGUUAGGAUUCUUGAUUGAUUUCCUAUCCCAUGCUGCUAUUGUUGGUUUUAUGGGAGGUGCUGCCAUCACAAUUGGCCUUCAACAGCUAAAGGGUUUCCUUGGCAUUAAAAGCAAAAUGUUCACAACAAAAACCGAUAUCGUCUCCGUGCUGCAUUCAGUGUUCGCAUCAGCCAAACAUGGAUGGAACUGGCACACUAUAUUAAUCGGAGCUAGCUUUUUGUGUUUUCUUCUCGUCGCCAAGUACAUCGGGAAGAAGAACAAUAAGUUCUUCUGGGUUCCAGCAAUUGCUCCAUUGAUAUCCGUCGUGUUGUCCACUUUUUUCGUAUUCAUAACACGCGCAGAUAAACAAGGCGUAGAAAUUGUAAAUCAUAUAGAGAAAGGGAUCAAUCCUUCAUCUGUUCAUGAUAUUUAUUUUAGCGGCGAAUACCUUGGGAAAGGUUUUAAAAUCGGUGUCACGGCAGGCAUGAUAGCACUGACAGAAGCCAUAGCUAUUGGAAGAACUUUUGCAUCAAUGAAGGACUAUCAACUCGAUGGAAACAGAGAAAUGGUUGCAUUAGGAACAAUGAACGUUGUUGGUUCGAUGACUUCAUGUUAUGUGGCAACCGGUUCUUUCUCUCGGUCGGCGGUAAAUUACAUGGCUGGCUGUCAAACUGCGGUAUCUAAUAUCGUGAUGUCCGUGGUUGUUUUUCUAACUCUGCAAUUCCUAACUCCUCUUUUUAAGUACACUCCAAAUGCAAUUCUUGCUGCCAUCAUCAUUUCUGCUGUCAUCAGCCUUGUGGACUAUCAGGCAGCAAUUUUGAUUUGGAAGAUCGAUAAAUUCGAUUUCAUUGCUUGCAUGGGAGCAUUCUUCGGAGUUGUUUUCAUCUCGGUUGAGAUAGGACUUCUAAUUGCUGUUUCUAUUUCUUUUGCGAAAAUCCUAUUACAAGUAACAAGGCCAAGAACUGCUAUUUUGGGGAAGAUUCCUCGGACAACUGUGUAUAGAAACAUCGAACAAUAUCCAGAAGCUAGUAAGAUUCCAGGUGUAAUGAUUGUAAGAGUUGAUUCUGCAAUAUAUUUUUCCAACUCCAACUAUGUUAAAGAAAGGAUAUUAAGAUGGUUAACGGAUGAAGAAGCCGUGAAAGGAGACUACCACACAAGAAUUCAGUUUUUGAUAGUUGAAAUGUCACCUGUUACUGAUAUUGAUACAAGUGGCAUCCAAGCCUUUGAAGAGUUACAUAGAAGUCUUGAAAAAAGAAGUGUUCAACUUGUUCUGGCAAAUCCUGGUUCAGCUGUGACAGACAAACUUUACACAUCCAAUUUUGCUAACAUAAUUGGGCAGGACAAGAUUUUCCUCACUGUUGCAGAAGCUGUUGCAUAUUGUUCUCCAAAGCUGGAUGUGAACCCCUGAAAAAUUCAUUGAGAAAAUUGUGCUAUGUGAGAAUGAAAUGGAUUUCAGCUUAGUAGAUGGUAGAAAAGUCAAAAGAUAGAGAUACAAAAGAUGAGAUAUGAUAUGAUAUGAUAUCACUAACUAAAGUUAGUAAAAAGGGGACUAUAUAGGAUAUAUCCGAUACUGAAAAACAGUGCUACAAGGAUCCUUAUCCUAAAGUAGGGAAAUUAAAUAAUUGAAACAUAAAAGCUGCAUGAGUUGUGCACUCACAAUAAUCAUUAACUAGUCUCCUAGUUUUGUCUUUGUGAUACAUAUGUAUUAUCCAUAGAAAGCUAACAUGGGUAUGUAACUAUGUAUCUUUGUAUGUAUAGUAUGAAGAGUAGUCUCAUUUUCAUAAGAGGUGUUCAUCUAUACCUCUCAUUUUGUAUGAUGUAUGAUGCAACAAAGUUAAUUUUUUUUUUCA